AUGGCCGAUGGAGUGAAAUUUGGCCGAUCGCGAGCAAGUAAAAUGGCCGACAAUCCAAAUCACGGCAUUUACCGCGGCCACCGGCUCAAAUCACCUCCAUCAAGCCUCCACAUCGCAUCUAAAGAAGAAAAUCCAGAUUGGAACGAGCAGAAUUGGAGAAGACCGACGGAAGACGUUCCCGGAGCCAAUUUGAAAAUUUUCAAAGGAGAUCUCAAACCACUCGUUCAAACGACCCCAAACUUCACCAGUCGCCAUAUUAUACAAUAUUGGUCGACGAAAUUUCAAGAUAGGUCGAGGAAAUCUUCACGGUUCGAGCUGUAG